AUGAAGCCUGCUGAGUUGAGAUUUCUUCUAGAGCUCUUCAUCUUCAUCUUACUGGCUACCCCAUUCAUGGGUGGUGUUGUUAGACUUACUGAGCAGAUAUGUGGAGAUCUCAAAGAUCCCUGCCUUAUGGACCUGAAUUCUGGCAGCUGCUAUGAAGUCCACUUUAGAUAUUUCUACAACUACACCUCCAAAAGAUGUCAAAGUUUUGUCUUCUCUGGCUGUGAUGGCAACCGUAACAACUACAAUCUUAAACUAGAAUGUCAAAUAGCCUGUGAGGAAGAGUACAAAGUACCAUCAGAAAACAAUUGUGCGAAAGUGGAUAUCUUGGAGGUGGCGGGCCGGCUGGCCAACUUCCUGUAG